AUGUUUGGUCUGUGGCAGACAACGGAGACGAAGGAGCAGAAGGAGCAGAAGGAGCAGAAGGAGCAGAAGGAGCAGAAGGAGCGGAAGGAGUUCGGUUCUACACCACUGCACUUUGCAGCUUUCAAGGGUCGAUUGGAGAUCGUUCGUUUCUUGCUUGAAAACGGCGCCAAUGUCCAAGCCAAAACCAACUUUCUCGAGACGCCACUGCACUUUGCCUCCAGAAGCAAUGACGUGGAGGUCGUUCGUCUUCUCGUGGCCCACGGCGCCAAUCUCGAUGCUACAAACAAGUAUGGCAAGACGGCGCUGCACCUUGCGGAUGAGUACGGCCGCACGCUUGUGGUCCACACGCUUCUGGAAAGCGACAAGUUGCUGUUGCGUCGUCGCGACCGGAGUGGCAAUACGGCACUGCACAUCGCGGCUGCAAAGGGCCACGCGACCACCGUCACGACGCUUCUCCAAAUCAUCAAAGACGACAGCUGCAUCGGCGCUACUAACCACGCUGGCGAAUCCGCCCUUUUUGUCGCUGCUGCCCAAGGCCACGUUGACGUUGUCAACGUCCUUCUCCGCCAACUCGUUCCGACAAUGACGUCGGACGAUACUGCGUCCUACAAGGCCUUGAUGACGCAUCGCAAGGUGUUGCUUGCGGCGCAAGCGCAUCUCGGCCAGUGCAACGCGGUGGGCAAGACAGCCUUUACACUCGUAUCGGGGACCAUCCUCGAUCAGUUGACAGCCACAAACACGUUCAUCGAGGCCGAGCUCAGUCGACUUCAGCAAGAGACCCAGAACAAGGAAGCUGCUUUAGCCGCUGCAAUCGCGGCGCACAACUGGGAGACCACAUUGACGCUGUUGCGCGAAGGCGUCUCUGUUUUGGCGUACCAAGAUCAAGAAGCGCUUGUCACUGCCAUCACUGCAACUGGCAACCGAGAGCUCCUGCGCACGCUGCUCUCAAUGGUGGUGGAAGCGAACGAUGCCAUCCAGCUGCAAUCGGUGCUCCAGCAAGCCCUCGCGGGUGCGGUAGCAAACGAGAAAGUGCUUCUCGUGAUGGACGUGCUGCACACGUUUGCAAACUCGAUGCAGGUGACGACGACGAGUGGUCCGUCGCCACUGCACAUUGCUGCAGAAAAUGGGUCGUUGGUGCUGCUCAGCAUGCUACUCGCCUCCUCUAGCCUCAUUCUGGACGCCGUCAAUGAGGAAGGCUACACUGCGCUUGCGCUGGCAGUCCAAGCCAACCACGUCGACACUGCAUUGCUGCUCCUUAGCGUCGGCGCGAAUGUCUCGAUCCCGCUGCCGGAUGGGUCCUCGGUGCUUCACGUUGCCGCCGAGCUCUCUAACGAUGACGACGACAUGACACUGCUGCACGCCAUUUUGGAGGCUCCGAGCCUCGAUAUCAACCAAGUGGACGCAGACGGGUACACGGUGCUGGCCCGCGCCGUCCUCACCAAGCGCGAGAAGCUCGUGCAUCUCUUUCUCGACGCCGGUGCGGACGCCACGCUGCCCAUGCGGACCGGACAAACAUUGUCCAUUUUGGCGACGGCCGCCCAGCGCCGCCACCAAGAGAUUGCGACGUACCUCAACGACCACGUGUAUCCAGCAGCCACCGAGGUCUCGAUGGCCGACCUCGUCCAGCACCUGCCGGUGGGCAACGGUAACAAUGGCACUGUCUUUCGUGCGACAUACCAAGGCCGCGACGUCGCCCUCAAGGUGGCGAAUCGCAUCUCAGUCUACGUGGCCCGUGCGAUGCGCGAAGAAAUGAACAACACUGCAGCGUGUCGAUGUCCGUACGUUGUGCCGUUGCUGGCGGCUGUUGACCAUGCCUCGAACGCGCCAAAGAUGGCCGUUGAGUUGAUGGACCUCAAGGACAUGCACGUGCAGCUGGCCAAGAAGCGCGAGGACCCGUCCAGCGAGUUGCCGUUUACGACUAUGCAAGUGGCGUGGGCGGUGGCAAACGCACUGGACGUCAUCCACAGCCUUGGCAAGGUGCACCGCGACGUCAAGAGCUUGAACAUCUUCAUCUCGUCCAUCCAUGGCGUCAAGCUCGGCGACUUUGGCACGGCACGAACCGUGGAGCGGGACAUGACUAGCGACACGGGCACGGGUUUGUGGACCGCGCCCGAGGUGUUUCGCGGCUCGACGUAUGAAGAAGACCGCGCGUAUGGGACGGCGGCCGACAUUUACUCGUUUGGCAUCGUCUUGUCCGAGUUGGCGACGGGCAACGAGCCGUACGUGGAGGUCGCCGGCGACGUAAAAAGCACCAUCAAGAAGAUUCGCGAGAACGGUCUGCGUCCGGAUCUUGGCCAAGACUGUCCGCGCUGGCUCCGGAAGCUUGCGACGGCCUGCUGGGCGCAAGUGCCAUCGACGCGCCCGACAGCCAAGCAGAUUGUCAAGUACCUCGCCAAGCGCCUGUACGAUCCCGAGGUUGAUGAAGCGUUUGACGACGAUGACAACGACCUCACGCCCGACGCGAUGGCCUCUACGACCAAGAAGCAGCCCGCGAACGACCUCUCCUCGAUCAGCGAGGAGCCCUAA